UUUUCUCUCCACCCCCACCAUCCAGUCCCUCCCCUCUGCUCUUUCCGUCAGUAUCUCCCUUCUUUCUCUCUCUGGAACACAUGAGAUUCUCCUUCCGAAACCUGAACCGCAGCAGCAGAGGCAUCGACCCCCCUCCCCACACGCACACACAACAUGGCUACAAUUGUAACCUCGACCAGGUUCACGGACGAGUAUCAGCUUUACGAAGAGCUGGGAAAGGGUGCCUUCUCCGUGGUGCGGAGAUGUGUGAAAAAAUCCACUGGCCAGGAAUAUGCUGCUAAAAUUAUUAACACAAAGAAACUGUCAGCAAGAGAUCAUCAGAAACUGGAACGUGAGGCCCGAAUCUGUCGUCUACUCAAACACCCCAAUAUUGUUCGGCUCCAUGACAGUAUCUCAGAAGAAGGUUUCCAUUACCUGGUCUUUGACCUUGUGACUGGGGGGGAGUUGUUUGAGGACAUCGUCGCCAGAGAGUAUUACAGUGAAGCUGAUGCAAGCCAGUGCAUCAAUCAGAUCCUGGAGAGUGUCAAUCAUAUUCACCAGCAUGACAUCGUGCACAGAGACCUGAAGCCCGAGAACUUGCUGUUGGCCAGUAAGAUGAAAGGAGCAGCAGUGAAACUGGCUGAUUUUGGGCUGGCCAUCGAGGUGCAGGGAGAUCAGCAGGCCUGGUUUGGUUUUGCUGGCACACCUGGCUACCUGUCUCCAGAGGUGUUGAGGAAGGAUCCCUACGGCAAACCUGUGGACAUCUGGGCCUGUGGUGUAAUCUUGUACAUUCUAUUAGUGGGCUAUCCUCCAUUUUGGGAUGAAGAUCAACACAAGUUAUACCAGCAGAUCAAGGCUGGAGCUUAUGAUUUUCCUUCUCCGGAGUGGGACACGGUCACCCCUGAGGCCAAGAACCUCAUCAACCAAAUGCUGACCAUCAACCCAGCUAAGAGGAUCACCGCAGAGCAGGCCCUCAAGCACCCAUGGGUCUGCCAACGGUCCACAGUGGCAUCCAUGAUGCAUCGCCAAGAGACCGUGGAGUGCUUGCGCAAGUUCAACGCUCGCAGGAAACUCAAGGGAGCCAUUCUCACUACUAUGCUGGUUUCUAGAAACUUCUCAGUGGGCCGGCAGCAUACCAGCCCUGCUGCUCCCACCACAAGCACUGCCGCCCUUGCACAGGAAGCAUGCAAAAGUUUACUCAACAAAAAGGCAGAUGGAGUCAAGCCCCAGACAAACAACACUAAAAACAGUGUAGUGAGCGCUGUAGUGAAUGCCAUGAAAGAAAGCAACACGACCGCUUCUACACCGAUGGAGCCACAAACUACAGUUGUGCACAACCCUGUCGAUGGACCCAAGGGCUCCACAGAGAGCUGUAACACCAACGAGGAAGAGGAUAUGAAAGGUAGGAAAGCUGAGAGUGCGCAGGGAACGAGCAGUGACAGUGCCGUGAUGAGUCAGUGCAGUGCCGGGGAAGAGCUGCCCGCUCUGCUGGCUUCGCCACAGGGCUCUCCUGCCACCGUCCCCGUGCAUGACGUUAAACGCUUGGCAUGGAACAGUUCAGAGCAUGCCUCAUGUCCAGAGUUAGAGCGCACUCAUUCUGGCCCCUGUGCCUCAGCCCACGGGGUCGGCGGUCUCACGGCGAGUGUGUCCGCAGCUCAGUCUCGUAAGCAGGAGAUAAUAAAGAUCACGGAGCAGUUGAUCGAGGCUGUCAACAAUGGAGACUUUGAAGCAUACACAAGAAUCUGUGAUCCUUGUCUGACCUCUUUUGAGCCUGAAGCUCUGGGAAACCUGGUCGAGGGCAUGGACUUCCACAAGUUCUACUUUGAGCACUUGUUGAGUAAGAACAACAAGCCUGUGCACACCACUAUCCUCAAUCCUCAUGUUCAUCUCAUCGGGGAGGAUGCUGCCUGCAUUGCGUAUAUCCGGCUGACACAGUACAUCGACAGCCAGGGCCGCCCACGUAGCUGCCAGUCGGAGGAGACGCGUGUGUGGCACCGCCGUGAUGCCAAGUGGCUUAACGUCCACUUCCACUGCUCAGGGGCUCCAGCCGCCCCCUUACAGUGAACCGCACAGGACGGCUUACCAGGAUUCUCAAGAUUAUGGGAAUGUUUCUUCUUUGUGGCUGGACGGGCACGUGAAGGCCAGCUGGAUGAAAGCUCUUAAAGUUACAGACACACCAGUGAGGAACUCUGACAACAUCCAGUUCAACUGUCAACACCACUUAUCCUGUCCAAUCUUUGACCAACGGGAGCUGGCCGCGGCUGUGGCCCCGCCCAAGGGACGGUGCAUGUAUCUGACGCCCACAUUGGGGUGCUGUUUUGUCCUUUUCCCACAGAACCAUCUUCUUUUGCCCGUUAAAGAUGUUCAGAAGGUGUUGUAAAUACUGAUCUAUGAAUUCAUAAAUAUGCUGUAUAUUGUAAAAAUCACUUAGCUGAACCAGAAAACUACAAUCAAGUUUGAAAAGCAUUUAUGUAAGGUAAACCAAGACGGGAGUUGUGAGGGUGGGGGGCUUCAACUUAAAAAAAACAACAACAAAAAAAUCACAAAAUUGACUUGUGCCCAAAGAAUGCUAAAGUUUACAGGUUUGUCAUCAGUCAUUCUUGUAUACUUUGCAAAUUUUGGGACACAAAAUUGAAUUAUGGGAAGGGGUUGACUAAUCCAAAAGCAAGGCAGUGAAAUGUUCACAAGUUCUUCAUAUCAAAAAAAGAACCAAAGUGUAGUUUUUAGUCUUUUUAAGGAGUGUUGCUGUUUGGUGUUGGCUUUUUAUGUAACCUGGGUCUAAGAGAAGGUUUGUGCAACCCAGGUUUUAGUAAUCUCUUGUGUUAAUGUGGAACUCUUCCUUUUUCAUUUAUUUUUCUUGUACUGACAUGACACGAGUAUUUUGUGUUCAGUUGGAAUUUUUAAGGCUAUUUUAUUUUUUUAAGUUAAUCUGAAUAAACACGUUAAGAUAUACAGAGAUAUUUAAAGGAGACAUAAACUCUCACCAUCCAGAUUUAAAGGAAGUUGUCGUACCUGACCAUGCUCGACUGUAUAAACUGUAUCCCUCAUUUAGAUUUAGCCUAAUAUAAGGAAAGCAUAAAGUGAACAGCACACAACUGAACACCGACCAGUAGGUUAGCUCUUACUGUUUUGUUAGGACAAGUUAGCGACAUAGACAAACCACUGCAGGACGUACUGUGAUAGACAUGAACUUCACUCAGUUUUCAAACUCAGUGACUAAAUCUAGUCAUUUUUACAAACUACAUCUUAGUGAAAAUAGCUUCAGUAGUCUGGUAUGUUGUGAUGAACUCUCUUUCUUACACCCACGCAGCUGCAUUGUUAAAGUACUCCGUUGUUUUAGUAACGUUGGACGUGUCUAACUCACCCUGUCCUCAGUGUUGUCGUAGUCGUGGUUCAUGUCGGUGACGGGGGUGAACUUGCUCUGUAAAUACAUGUCGUUUAGUUAGUCCGAUCACAAGGAGCGCUUGGGGGAAAUCCAAACACAUCCAGUUGCCGUAGUUCUGUUGUUAAAAAUCACGGUUUUAAUGUUUGUACGAUUACAAGUCACAGUGGUUUGUUAGAUUCACCACCAACUAUAUUACGCAGGUUUUAUGGCACUAUUUAGAUUCAAGUUUUAAUGUUACUUAGAAGUGAGGGUUUGAUUGUCACGAGUGAAUAAUCUCUUGAAUUCAUCUGUAGGCUAGUUGCACGAAUGCUUUUGGUCACUGCUAUGGUUUUGUCUUCAGAUAGAUUUAAGUAUAGUUUCAUUUGAGGCAAUAUAUUAUGUGUGGGAAAAUACACCCAGUCUCCUUGAAACACAUCAGUCUUUUGUAUGGGUCUGUUAAUACAUGUAGUGUCGGCACAUCCUCACCGUGGACAUAUCAGGACUAAACCUCCACACGUGUGUUUAUCUCCUUUACAACAAUGGUAGUGAUGCUGUCAGGUUAUAUGUGACGAUGCUGUUUUCAUGUCCGUUUUGCGUCUUGUGCUUGUCGCGUUUUUUUUUUAUCGCCGUUUUCUUUUUCCUUUGUGCUAUGGGGAACUGCUGCCUUGCCUGGCCAAACUAGAUUACACUUUUUAUUAUUUUUAUUUUUACUUAAAUGCAUCCUUUUACAUGAUUGACAUCUUCAGCUCCAUGAAAACGAAAAGAUGGCAAUGAGGAGUCACUAGCUGGUAGAUUUAGAUUUAGCGAAAUAAAUAUCCAACCCCUGAAAGCUGGGUCUGAAUCCUGGGCCAGACGGCGAGUAUGAGUCUUCUGGCCCACCCGUCCAAUGACAGGAGAAAUCAAACGCGCAGUUUAAAUAAACUGGCGAAUAUGCAUGUAUACUUUUCUUGGUAAAUAUUUUUUUUUUCCACUGUCUGUGUUUACUUAAUAAAAAUGGGGGAGAAAAAAAAUCUCAAAGUAUUUGCAUCUCGACAUGAAAAUCACUCCAUUUGGAAUUAUAAGUGAUGUACCAUAUAAAAAUAAAAAAAAAUAAAAUAGAAAAAAAUAUAUAUAUUUAAAACAAAAGCCUCUGCUUGGUAUGCUCCCCUCAUUCUAAGUAAAUCUAUUGCAUUGUAAUGGUAUACUAUUGGGCUUCGUAUAUACUUGGAGUUUAAACAUGGAUGCUGGAUUUUUGCAUGAUCAUACAUUUAAUAAAACCAUGAAAUGACAACUAUCAAGUGUUUGUCUGAAUGUUAGUAGGUCUUCAUCCUAGCUUUGUUAUUAUUGAAACUUGAUCUGGAAAGUAUUUAAUAAAAAGAGCAUUUCUGCAACUGA